GUUAAGUGAUACUAAUUAAAACUCAUUCACAUACAGUCGAAUUAUUUUAAUAGGAACAACAAUGAAAUAACAUUGUUUUCUGAAUGUAGUCAGUGUUUUAGAUAAACAUUAUUAGCAAACAUGAGUUUCCUUUCUAUAUUCGGUGUAAUUAAAAGAAUAAACUUCAAGUUAUCUCACACUGUGGCAAAGAAAUGUGACGUUCGGUGUACUCGAGAGUUUUCAACGCGCGAAUUGCUGAAGGAAGCAUAUUGUCGCACGAAAUUGAAAUGCCGAUCCAAGAAGCUACCUCAAGAUGUGAAUCCACAGGGUGUGUUCGCUUGCAAUGAGCUGGAUAUGUCAGAAGUGCAGGUGUAUGGAUUUGACUAUGACUACACUCUAGCACAUUACAAACCUACCCUGGAGCAUUUACUCUACAAUCUCGGCAGAGAUUUAUUGCUGGAAAAAUAUAAGUAUCCAGCAGAAAUUUUAAAACUAGAGUAUAAACCAAAUUUUGCUGUAAGAGGUCUUCAUUAUGACAUUGAAAAAGGCCUGCUACUGAAGUUGGAUUCGUUCCUCCAAAUACAAUUUGGAGCGGUUUACCGAGGGCUGACCCCUGUGUCUACAGAAGAGGUCCUCAAGAUAUACAAGAAUAGGAUUAUUCCAAUAGCCUAUGUGGAAGGUGACAUGAGGGCCCACAAAGCCAACAGGGCGAAGAUGGUGCAUCUAGCUGACUUGUUUUCCGUGCCAGAAAUGGGACUUCUAUGCAACGUGGCUGAAUAUUUCAUUAGGAACCAUAUUGAUUACCAUCCCGAGAUCCUCUUCUUAGAUGUUAAGAACUCUGUACAAAGCUGUCACCCUGUAAUGCACAAGAUAGUGGCACAGAACGUGGAAGAAUACAUCAGGCCCAACCCAGACCUCAGAAAGUACUUCCAGAUGUUGCAGCAAGCUGAUAAGAAACUGUUCCUGGUUACAAACAGUCCGUACCACUUUGUCAAUGCGGGCAUGGAAAUGCUGGUGGGCCUGGACUGGCGGGAGUUCUUCGACGUGGUGAUCGUGAACGCGAACAAGCCCAAAUUCUUCACGGAGGUGUCGCGCCCUAUCCGCGUGUUCGACAAGAACGCUAACACGCACAUCUGGGAGAAGGUCACUUCAUUAGAGAAAGGCAUCAUUUAUUAUGAGGGCACAGUGAAGCAACUACAAGACCUAACGGGCUGGAGCGGGCACCAGGUGCUGUACUUCGGCGACCACCCGUACAGCGACCUCGCCGACGUCACCCUCGAGCACGGCUGGCGGACCGGCGCCAUCAUCAACGAACUCACGCACGAGAUAAACACGCUGAACACGCCGCAGUUCAAGCAGAACGCGAACUGGCUGCAGAUGCUCACGCAGCUCAUCGAGGACCACCAGGACUACACGGAGCCCGAGGCGGUCGAGGUGCUUGCACAGUGGAUGGCCGAGAGGGACUUCCUCAGGAAUGAGAUCAAAGCUGUGUUCAACGCCCAGUUCGGCAGCGUGUUCCGAACUUACCACAACCCCACGUACUUCUCGAGGAGGUUGUUCCGUUUCGCGGAUAUCUACACGUCUAAUAUAAGGAAUCUGCUCAACUACUCGUUAACGCACACGUUUUAUCCUCGCCGCGGCGUCAUGCCACACGAAUAUGGAUCCUAUUUCGUUUAGAUU